UAUAUAUCAAUGGAUUGGAAUGAUAUUGUAAAAUAUUUGAAUAAUACACCUGAGACUGUUGAGCAAAAAGGUAAAACAUUUGUUUCUUUCUUAGCAAAAUAUGUAUUUAUGAUCUCUCACAAGCCGCCAGAAGAAGCGUUUAAUUUUCAACAGCAUAAUGCAAAUGAUGAAAUGUCAACUCAACAACUUUGUACUACUGAGUUGAUAUUUCAUAAAAGUUCAGAGAAAGAAUUUCGAAACAUGACAUGGGAUGUCAAAUAUCAUAAAGGCGAAUUUACAUCUGAGGAGCUAAAAGCUGUGGUACAGGAGUUAAACAAGAAGCAAGAUGGUGAAGUGAUCAUUAAAGCUGACAAUCAG